CAGCUUCACCCACUGAGUUUCUCCAGCAUUUUUGUUUACCUCCUAUUAUUCAACACAGAAUCAAUUCCCCGCGCACUGCAGCGUGCGGCGUAGUAGACAACUGCGGUUCUGUGCGGGUUGGCAGCUUCCUGAAGGGGGGAGGAAGUGGUCGGAGUUAAAAUGGCUUCGAAACACCAGAUCCAGAGUAUAACCGAAGACGCGAUUUGUCCCAUUUGCCUGGAUUUCUUCACCAAUCCGGUUACACUGGAGUGCGGGCACAACUUCUGCCGCUCCUGUAUCACACAGAGUUGGGACAAGGAGGAGAGAAACUCCUGCCCGGAAUGUAGAGAGGAAUUUACAGACCGCACCCUCAUUGUGAAUUGGGCCUUGGCGAGUCUGUCUGAGAAAGCUAGAGAAUUGAGCCUGAACACGGAAAGGAAAGAACUUCAGUGCGAGGAACAUCAGGAAGAACUGAAGCUGUUUUGUGAAACCGACAAGAAGCUGAUCUGCCUGAUCUGCCGAGACGCGCGGGAACACAACUCUCACAGUUUCCUGCCGAUUAAAGAAGCCGUUGAAAGCUACAAGGAGCAGAUUAAAACAUCCUUAGAGACGGUCACAAAAAAUAAAUCAGCGGUGGAGCAAAUGGAGCAGCAACAGAAACAGAAGAUUUCUGGAGUUCGGGAACAGUCACAGAAUGUAUUCUCAAUGAGGAAGAGCGGUCCUUUCACAAGGAACUCCGGGAAGAAGAGGAGAGCGUUCUAA